GGCAGCAGGCAGCUGCCCGGCGGCGCGUGUGGCAUUCCGUCGUAAAUCCCGUCCCGCAUGUGUCCGUGAUCCCAGCCUAUCCCCUCCUCCUCCUCCUCCUCGCUGGGAAAACAAAGAGAGUAACAAAUCAUGUUUAAUGGAGAAAGCCGGGCCCCUUCAGAAGGAGGCAGGGGGAGCGUGGCGGGAGGUGUGAAUGGAGCGCCUUGACCCCUCUGCCAUGGCUGGCCCAGCGACGGGUGCUGCCCGGGGGGGUGGGGGGUGAUGUGGCUCCGCUGGGGACAGAGCCAGCUUCUGGCCCGUCCAGCUGGGGCUUUUCAUCUCGCCUGCCGGAGAGCUGUCAUUCGCCGGCGCGCCUGCUGCUGGGGAUUUGGGGGGGCAGAAUGAGGAAGCAGCGGUGGAUCUAGCAUGGUGCCGUCCAGUAUAACCGUGCACCUUUCAGGCAGGGGGGUAGCUCGAGUGCCCGUCUGUGUCUUUGCAUGUUGAGUACCACCUUAUUGGGGGAGGGACGCAGAUGGUAAACAAUUUCACUCUUGUGAAAUUCAUCACCUGAUAGUGAAGCUGGAAAUAAGAGGCUGGGGGUAUUUUAAAUGGGGGUGUGGCUCGUGAUUGGCUGGUGGAGACAUGGCGGCCCCCACCCCGGUGGUUCUCGUCGCCACUAAGAGCAUGUGAGCUGUAAGAUGGGAAGGCGGAGGAGCAGUGCUGCUUUUCACCACCUCGCUGUCUUUGCCGUCUGCUAAUACAAACAUGGCCUUCAGAGUCAUUUCGGAGUUUGGUUUCUCAUUUUAAUAAUGAAAAUAAAAGCUUGCAUGUUAUGGCAGGUGAUCUUCACUGUUGUGUCUUGUGUCCAGCUCUGGUUUUCAGCCCUGGUUUUUAACUGGUGUCCUGAAUGAGGCAGACAUCAGACAUCCACGGCUCGAGCCUGGAAGUCUUUACCGUAGUGAAUGGGACGCUAAUGAAAAGGACCCAAGCUGAGUAAACGGACUGGGCCUCUGGGCCGCAGCAGAUAUGCCCUCGACACGUUCCAUCACCCUUUCACGGGCGCUUCCCUGGUAAGGCGAAGUCGUCAGCUUCUGCGCCACUAGUCAGAUGUGUCAAUCCCGAAAUCGUCUUUAUGUGGGCCCGGUGCGAGUGCCCCCCCCCCCACCCAGUGUGGCAUUGAGCUUAGAUUUAGAAGAACUCAAUCCUGAGAGGAAAGGAGGAUUUGGGAGUUUGAAGAAACCAAGCGGCCUGCGGGUGAAGUGGGGAAGGAAGCUGCUGGUUGAGUCCGUCUCCCAGCCCCCUGGUGUGUGUGUGAGUUCAUCAGCAGUUUUGUUAGCUGUGUAAUGUUGCAUCAUUAGACUCGUUUUAUUAAUGAAAUGCAGUUUCUAAAUGUGGCCCAGACCGGCCAUUUUCGUCAUUGCUAGCAGUGAUUGGUGACCUUGCAUUUAUUUCCGGAUUUGGUAUUUUGAAGGUAUAGACCGUCGUUAUGAUUCAUCCUGAUUAUGCUAUUGCUAAGAGCGAGCCGUGCAGAGUGGUCACUGGGAAGCCUCGGCUGGUGACAUCGGUCACUCCGGGUCCUGUGGCCAGACGUCAGGCUUCUCUUCAGGAUUGCUUCCCGGUCUUCCAGUCGGACCAGUUUGACCGCACCCGCCGUAGCGGAGGAGUCUGCAGCCUUCCGCUGGUCUGACUGGUCUGACUGGUCUGACUGUCCACAGCACUGCUGCAGCUGGGGUCUCUUGAGCAGGUCCGCCAGUAAUCUGUAUACAGGCUUGAGGUCUCCCAGUGCCUUUAACUUCCACAGCUGUAGCUUUUGCUGAAUUUAAAACUUAUUUAUUUAUGGAUUAAUUUAUAUGUAUGGAGCUUUUCAAGCCAGGCGCCGCAACAUGCUUCACAGAAGAGGCAGAACCAGCCAAGGAAUAAAGUCAGAAAUGGCAUUCCAGACAAACAUUCAAGUAAAGGAAAAGGCUCAAACCUGUAAGAUGGGCCUGUCGGGGAACAGCAGUCCAUUCGGCCAGCCGUAUGCGCAGGGCGGCGGCCAGGCACUAGGGGGCGCCGGAGUCAACACCCAGCUUCAAAACAAGACAACGCUCUCCAACAGCAUGCCCACGUUCCCCGCAGAGCUGAAGGGGGCCACCGUCUCUGGCGUGCCGAACUUGCCCCAGAUACAGCAGCAGCAGCAGCAGCAAGCUCCAACCCCGCAGCAGCCACAGCCCCAACCACAGGUGCCCUCCGUAGGCAUGAUGGCCAGCCAGGGAGUGUCCACGGGCCCCACCGCCGACCCGGAGAAGCGCAAGCUGAUUCAGCAGCAGCUGGUCCUGCUGCUGCACGCCCACAAGUGCCAGCGGCGAGAGCAGGCCAACGGGGAGGUGCGGGCGUGCUCCCUGCCCCAUUGCCGCACCAUGAAGAACGUCCUGAACCACAUGACUCACUGCCAGGCCGGCAAGUCCUGCCAGGUGGCCCACUGUGCAUCCUCUCGACAAAUCAUCUCGCACUGGAAGAACUGCACUCGGCACGACUGCCCCGUCUGCCUGCCCCUGAAGAAUGCCAGCGACAAGAGGAGCCAGCAGCCGCUGCUGAGUUCUCCCAACACCAGCCUGCAGAACGCUAUCGGCACUGUGGGGCCCGGCCAGCAGGCCACGCCCACCAUCAACAGCGCCACGCCCAUCGACCCCAGUUCCAUGCAGAGGGCUUAUGCGGCCCUGGGCCUGCCCUAUGGCAACCAGCCCUCAACGCAGGCGCAGCAGCAGGUCCACGGGCAGCCGAACGCCCAGGCGCAGCAGCAGCACCAGCAGAUGCGGCCCAUCAAUGCAAUCGGCACUAACCAGAUGAACAUGGCCGUCGGCACGUCGGAGCAGACCGGCCUGCACCCGGACUCCUCGCUGCCGCCCUCGCUUCCCGGCCAGCUGAUGCCGGAUGGGGCAGCUGUGGGCACCUUGAGCAGUCUGCCCACCGCCGCGCCUCUGUCUGCCACAGGCGUGCGCAAGGCCUGGCACGAGCACGUCACCCAGGACCUGCGCAACCAUUUAGUGCAUAAGCUAGUUCAAGCCAUCUUCCCUACCCCCGACCCUGCGGCCUUGAAGGACCGGCGGAUGGAGAACUUGGUGGCCUACGCUCGCAAGGUCGAGGGAGACAUGUACGAGUCUGCGAAUAGCAGGGAUGAGUACUACCACUUCCUGGCCGAGAAGAUCUACAAGAUCCAGAAGGAGCUGGAGGAGAAGCGGAGGUCACGGCUGCAGAAGCAGAUCGGACAGGCGCCCAUGGCGGGCCCCGGGGCCCAGCAGCCGAAUGCCCUGGGGCCGACGCAGGGAGGUCGUCCGCCCAAUGGACCUGUGCCUAUGCCCAGUGUGCCAAACCAGAUCAUAAAUCGCAUGCAAGUCACACAAGGGAUGAGUCAGUUUGCCCCCAUGGCGAUGCAGAGUGUGCAGAUGUCACCGGCGUCCCUGGGAGCCCGCGCAGCCUCCCCCAUGAGCCACCCCGUGCAGAUGAACAUGAGCUCUGUCCCAGCGAUGGGAAUGUCCCCUUCCCGGAUGCCCCAGGCGCAAAGCAUGAUGGGAGCGCAUGGCAACAACAUGGUGGGCCAGACUGCAAACCAGGCCCAGUUCAUGCCUCAGACUCAGUUCAGCGGGGCAAUGAAUGUGAACGUGGGUUUGGGGCAGCCCAGUGCACAGGCUCCCAUCCCCCAGCAGCAGCAGCCGCCACCGCAGCAGAACGCUAACCUCGCCAUGAAUGCCCUCGGCCCCAUGGCGCCCCAGCUGCCCUGUGCCCCGCCCACCCAGCCCUCACUGCAUGGCACUCCGCCCCCCACCUCAGUCGCCGGCGGCCCCGGCCUGCAGCAGCUCCAGCACGUCACUCCCCCGCAGGCCCAGCCGUCAAGCCGGGCCUCCACCCCUGCCCCCGCGCCGGGCCCCACCCCCAUGCUGGGGACUCCGCCCACCCCAGCCCAGCCGCGCACGCCUCUGCCGCCCCAGCCGGACCCCGGUGCGCAGAUCCAGCAGCCCCCGUCUGCACAGCCGCAGCCCCCCACCACUCCGCUUUCACAGGCUGCGACUAGUGCAGACAACCGUGUUCCCACUCCAUCCUCUGUGCUGGGGGGGGACCUGCACUCUCAGCAUGCCCUACCUGACCGGCCUGUUCACGAGUCCAAACCUGAACCCCGGGACGAAGAGCAGGACUUCCAGUCCGGAGGGUUGAAGUUGGAGCCCAAAGCGGAGUCGGAGGAGGACUCCUCAUCCAUGGUGAAGAAAGAGGAUCCAGAGGGCUCAGACUUCAAGCAGGAGCCCAUGGAUGUGGAGGAGAAGGUAGAGGUGAAGCCAGAGCCCAAGGAGGAAGAUGAGGAGGGCGGGGCCAACGGCUCCACCACAUCCACACCCGCCUCACAGUCCCGCAGGAAGAUCUUCAAGCCCGAGGAGCUGCGCCAGGCCCUGAUGCCCACGCUGGAGUCCCUGUACCGCCAGGACCCAGAGUCGCUGCCCUUCCGGCAGCCUGUGGACCCCAUGAGGCUGGGCAUCCCGGACUACUUCGACAUCGUGAAGAACCCCAUCGACCUGUCCACCAUCAAGCGCAAGCUGGACACGGGCCAGUACCAGGAGCCCUGGCAGUACGUGGACGACGUCUGGCUCAUGUUCAACAACGCCUGGCUCUACAACCGCAAGACCUCGCGCGUCUACAAGUACUGCUCCAAGCUGGCCGAGGUCUUCGAGCAGGAGAUCGACCCGGUCAUGCAGAGUCUGGGUUACUGCUGCGGGAGGAAGUAUGAGUUCUCGCCUCAGACGCUCUGCUGCUAUGGCAAACAGCUCUGCACUAUUCCUCGAGACGGCACCUACUUCAGCUACCAGAACAGGUACCACUUCUGUGAGAAGUGUUUCAACGAGAUCCAGGGCGACAGCGUCACCCUCGGCGACGACCCUGCACAGCCUCAGACUAUGAUAUCUAAAGAGCAGUUUGAGAGGAAGAAAAAUGACUCAUUAGAUCCAGAACCGUUCGUUGAAUGUAAGGAUUGCGGACGGAAGAUGCACCAGAUCUGCGUGCUACACUACGAAGUCAUCUGGCCCGCAGGUUUCAUCUGCGAUGACUGUCUGAAGAAGACUGGGAGAACAAAGAAGGAGAACAGGUUUUCUGCCAAAAGGCUGCAGACCACCAAGCUGGGAACGUACAUAGAAGACCGGGUCAACAAGUACCUGAAGCGGCAGAACCACCCAGAGGCCGGGGAAGUGUUCGUGCGAGUGGUGGCCAGCUCCGACAAGACGGUGGAGGUCAAACCCGGGAUGAAGUCCAGGUUUGUGGAUAUAGGUGAGAUGGCAGAAAGCUUCCCCUACAGAACCAAAGCACUUUUCGCUUUUGAAGAGAUAGAUGGAGUGGACGUGUGCUUCUUCGGGAUGCAUGUCCAGGAGUACGGCUCGGACUGCCCCUUUCCCAACACCAGACGGGUAUACAUAUCAUACCUCGACAGUAUUCACUUCUUCAGGCCCCGGAUCCUCCGAACUGCAGUCUACCACGAGAUCCUGAUUGGUUAUCUGGAGUAUGUCAAGAAGCUUGGGUACGUCACAGCACACAUCUGGGCCUGCCCGCCCAGCGAGGGGGACGAUUACAUCUUCCACUGCCAUCCAGCAGACCAGAAGAUCCCCAAGCCCAAGCGGCUGCAGGAGUGGUACCGGAAGAUGCUGGACAAGGCCUUUGCUGAGAGGAUCCUACAUGACUAUAAGGACAUCUUCAAGCAAGCAACGGAGGACCGGCUGACCAGCGCCAACGAGCUUUCGUACUUCGAGGGCGACUUCUGGCCCAAUGUGCUGGAGGAGAGCAUCAAGGAGCUGGAACAGGAGGAGGAGGAGCGCAAGAAGGAGGAGAACACGGCAGCCUGCGAGCCGCCAGAGGGGACGCCAGGCGACAGCAAGAACGCCAAGAAGAAGAACAGUAAGAAGACUAACAAAAACAAAAGCAGUCUAAGCCGGGCCAACAAGAAGAAGGCCGGCAUGCCCAACGUAGCUAACGACUUGUCCCAGAAGCUCUACGCCACCAUGGAGAAGCACAAGGAGGUGUUCUUCGUGAUCCACCUGCAUUCGGGGCCCAUGGUGAACACGCUGCCCCCCAUCAUGGACCCGGACCCGCUGCUGACGUGCGACCUGAUGGACGGGCGCGAUGCCUUCCUGACGCUGGCGCGCGACAAGCACUGGGAGUUCUCCUCACUGCGGCGCUGCAAGUGGAGCACCAUGUGCAUGCUGGUGGAGCUGCACCACCAGGGCCAGGACCGCUUCGUCUACACCUGCAACGAGUGCAAGCAUCAUGUGGAGACGCGCUUCCACUGCACCGUCUGCGAGGAUUUCGACCUGUGUAUCAACUGCUACAACACUAAGGGUCACGAGCACCAGAUGGUGAAGUGGGGCCUGGGACUGGACGACGACAGCAACGGCCAGGGGGGCGAGGCCUCCAAGAGCCCGCAGGAGAGCCGCCGCCUCAGCAUCCAGCGCUGCAUCCAGUCACUGGUGCAUGCCUGCCAGUGCCGCAACGCCAACUGCUCGCUGCCGUCCUGCCAGAAGAUGAAGCGCGUGGUGCAGCACACCAAAGGCUGCAAGCGCAAGACCAAUGGCGGCUGCCCCGUGUGCAAGCAGCUGAUUGCGCUCUGCUGCUACCACGCCAAGCACUGCCAGGAGAACAAGUGCCCUGUGCCCUUCUGCCUCAACAUCAAGCACAAGCUGCGCCAGCAGCAGCUGCAGCACCGGUUGCAGCAGGCGCAGAUGAUGCGCCGGCGCAUGGCCACCAUGCAGGGCCGUGGCGCCCCCCAGAGCUUGCCCUCCCCGCCUACCUCAGCGGCCACACCCGGCACACCCACCUCCCACCAGCAGCCUGGCACACCGCAGACCCCGCAACCCCUGCCUCCGCCUCCAUCUCAGCCAACCACACCCAGUGGCGGCGUCCUCUCUCCCGCCUUCCAGGCCGGCCCACGAGCCGGCCAGCCCCCGGCCCCAGCCUCUCAGGGCAAGCCACAGGGCCCGCAGGCUUCACCCUUGCACCAGCAGCAGUCCCCCCUGCCCCAGCAGCCCCAGGUGCAACAGCCCCAGCCUGCGCAGCAGCAGCAACUGCAACCACAGCAGCAGCAGCAGCCACCACCAGCUGCGGUGAAGAUGGCGCGGCAUAUCGAGCGUGUCGCCCAGGCGCAGCAGCAGAGCCAACAUCUCGGCUACCGGGUCAACAUGAAUGGCUUGCACCAGCAGCGCCCGCCGGGGCCUCUGCCAGCCACCAUGCAGAUAGUUGGCCCCCGUGGUCCCCCAGUCAUGCAGGCGGUGCCACCCGGCCAGUGGCCCGGAGGCCCUCAAGGGCCCAUGCAGGCUACACUGUCCCCACAACAACAACAACAGCAGCAGCAAGUCCCUCCUCAGCAGCAACUUCCUCCCCAGGGUCCCCCGGCCGCCAUGCCCAUGCAGAGGCCCCUGAUGCCCCAGCAACAACCCCGUAUGCCUGGGGCUGCUCCGCCACCGCAGGGCCCCUCACAGCAGACUCCCCAGCAGGGGGGCCCCAUCGCUGCUGCCGCUUUGCAGGACCUCCUGCGCACACUCAAGUCACCCAGCUCACCGCAACAGCAGCAGCAGGUCCUCCGCAUCCUCAAGUCCAACCCGCAGCUCAUGGCCGCCUUCAUAAAGCAGCGGACUGCCAAGUACCAGGCCAGCCAGCCACCGCAGCAACAGCAGCAGGUGCAACAGCAGCAGGCCCCGCCACCGCAGCAGCCCCCCCAGGGCAUGCACACAGGCCAGUCCAACCUUGCCGGCCUGGCCCCCGUGCCUGGCGGGGCGGUGCAGCGGCCCGGCAUGCCCCCCCAGCCACCUCAGCAGGGCAUGGGAGCUCUGGUGCCACAGGGGCAACUGAUGAACCCCGGACACAAUCCCAGCCCACAGCUCCAGGAGCUGUAUCGCCGGCAGCUACUUCAGCGACAGCAGCAGCAGCAGCAACAACAGCAGCAGCUGCAGGGCACCAUGGCCCAGUCCCACAGCCAGUUUCCCCAGACCCAAGCCUCCGCUGCAAGCUACUCCCAGCUCCGCAUGCAACAGCAGCAGCAGCAGCAACAACAACAGCAGCAGCAGCAGCAGCAGCUGGCCAUGCAGGGUGGCGCCGGGCCAAUGGGUCAGCAGCCAUCCAAGCCGCAGAUGGGCAUGGAUGGCUCGCAGAACCUGCUGCACCCGCGCCUGCUCCAGCAGCAGCAGCAGCAGCACCCGCAGCAGCAGGCCAUGCUGAAGUCACAGAUGGGCUCGCCCGCCCAGCCCGGUCCCAUGAGUCCUCAGCCGCACAUGCUCCCCGGCCAAGUGCGGUCGCCCGCCCCUGUGCAGUCACCAUGCCCACCAUCGCAGCAGCAGCCCCCUCCGCAUUCCAGCCCCUCGCCCCGGAUACAGCCGCAGCCCUCCCCGCAGCACGCGCCCACCCACACGGGCUCGCCCCACCCUGGCCUGGCCGCCCCCAUGGGCGGCCCUUUGGAUCAGGGGCACCUAGGCACGCCGGAGCAGAGCGCCAUGCUCCCACAGCUGAACACGCCCAGCCGCGGAGGACUGCCCGGGGACUUGGCCAUGGGGGGGGACCCAUCGGGGGACACGCUGGAGAAGUUUGUGGAGAGUUUGUAGCAUUUAUGGGGGUAGAUUAAAAGAAAAAUGCUUUCCCUCUCCUUUCCAGCUUUUCCCCCCCUCAAAGAACUUUUGUACUGACAUGUAAAAAGUUUAAAGGAAUUUAAAAAAUAAAGUCAACAAUGCUAGGGAAUGUCUCCUAAUGUGAGAGACGCCUGUUUCUUCCUACAAAUCAAGGGAUUUGAAAAUUGCUGUUAAAAAAAAAAAGGAAAUCACAAAGAAUAUAUUUUUGGUUUGGACCAGUUUUGGUCUGUUUUUUUUUUGUUUUGGUAUGAAUU